CUCCACUUCUACAUUCUAUCCAUCUGUUUCAAACUUCUCUCUCUCUCCUCUCUGCUCUCUCUCUCUCUCUCUCCACCGAUAUUGAUAAAACCUAGUCGGUUCGGCAGAAAACGAGAAAGAAAAAAGGAAAGUGUAGUGAUGGACCUUCAAACACCAUGUAAUGCUUGCAUUUCGAUUAAUCGAAAACCAGAUACGCUGAGGAGGCACUCGUUUUCUAAAAGCAUCAGCCUUCCUAAUAACCGAUUUAAAACAAUGUCGGAGCUUCGAACACAAGUUGCCGUAAAAUAUGACACACAACAGUCACUCUCUGUUCCAUCUCAUAAAGUUACCGUACACGAUCGUCAACGUGAUGUUGUCUAUGAAUUUUUCGUUCCUGAGGACCAAUAUAUAUUGCACACGGCAGAAGAUCAGGAUAUUACUCUACCUUUUGCUUGCAGGCACGGGUGUUGUACAAGCUGUGCUGUUCGGGUUAAGUCUGGGGAACUCAGACAGCCAGAAGCACUUGGGAUAUCUGCUGAAUUGAAAUCCAAGGGGUAUGCACUUCUUUGUGUGGGCUACCCAUCAUCCGAUCUAGAGGUCGAAACGCAGGAUGAGGACGAGGUGUAUUGGCUUCAGUUUGGGAGAUAUUUUGCCAGAGGACCUAUCGAAAGAGACGACUAUGCAUUGGAGUUGGCCAUGCUAGACGAGUAAGCUUUUGUUGCCUACUGUUUUUGAUGAUCGGGAUUUGUCCAGUGAAAAAUGUAGUUGUAUGAUACUCUCUUUCUUGUCUUCUUUCAAUAUAAUACGAGUUCUUUUCUGCAACUUUGUGCGACUUGAUAAUUUUCCGUCCCCAAUGAUAAAAAUUGCGACAUAAUUUUCCGGGCAAA